AUGCAAACACGCUUUAGCCCACAAGUUCGGCAUAACGCCAGUGGCAAUUGUUUAGACACUAUGGGCCGUAAAGAGGGCGAACAAGUCGGUAUUACCCGUUGUCAUGGUCUCGGUGGUCAUCAACUCUGGGCAAUUACAAAAUCCGGUGAACUCCAGGCGGGCGACACUGGUUGUCUCGAAGUUACAUCGGCUACAGCGCCUGUUCUCUUUCGGCCAUGUGGCCGUACCUAUCGAAACAGGCCAAAAGAUGCACAACAAUUUCAGUUUACCGGCAAAGUGAGCCGAGUUCUUCUUUCAUUCUCUUCGCUUUAA